UAGGUGGGUCCCACCCACCCUCGACAACCACGCCCCCAACCAAACACAUUCCCGAGGGUGACCGGCGCCGCCACCCUCUGACUCGCUCCGCCCGCCGUCGACGGGGACGAAGCAAUCGUAAAGUGGGCAGUAGAAGAAUUAGGUGUGUAUUAGUUUGAAUGGCUUCAUCAAAGCUUCAGGCCUUCUGGAACCAUCCUGCUGGCCCCAAAACCAUUCAUUUCUGGGCGCCAACAUUUAAAUGGGGCAUCAGCAUUGCCAAUAUUGCUGACUUUGCUAAGCCACCUGAAAAGAUAUCUUAUCCUCAGCAAGUUGGUAUGUACAAGAUACCCACUCAGUGGGAUCCCUGCAUUUCAGAUUACAUGGCCAUCAGUUUACAGUGCAUUGCAUGCUUUUUUUUUUUUAUAUGGUGUGCAGCUGUUGCUUGUACUGGAAUCAUCUGGUCAAGGUACAGCAUGGUUAUCACACCGAAAAACUGGAACCUUUUUAGUGUUAACGUCGCAAUGGCUGGUACAGGCUUGUAUCAGCUUUCACGUAAGAUAAGGCAAGAUUACUUUUCUGAUGAGAAGGAUGCUGCUGCUCCACUGGAAGGAUAGACAACAGACAAGAGUAACCGAUUAAAAAGUUUGAGUCGUUCUGGGCUGCAAGGACAUGUCACUCAAUCUAGGACUGGAACCUGUUGUUGAUUUCCGGGCUUUUCUGCGACUGUGAGCAGACCAAUGUGAAAGAUUUCUGCCAAACAGAAUCCAUGAAAUAAUCUUUUGUGCGUUUGUGAAAGAGAGAGAAAAAAAGAGAGAAUAAUGCAAAUUCAUCUUCAUAUGCUUUUGCUGCUGUUCAGUCAAAUCUACAUUUGGGAACUUUCUUUGCGAAGCUGAUUGCUGCUGUUCAGAAGA